UGGGAUGAUUAAUUAUGAUAUAAAAUAGUCCGCUUAAACGAAAAAAAAAAAAAAGAGGAGAGAGAAAGAGGGAAGGGGGGCUGUAAUACGGAAUCUGAUCUUUUAAUCUCAGUUGGCCGCAAUUAAAACAAACCCCGCCGUAUAACUCCAAUAUCCCUUUGCAUAAAAACAUAUGGCCUCGCUAUAAAAAUUAUGGCUGGAAAACACUGACCCAUUAAUAGCCCGCGGACUGAUUUAUACUUUAUUGUUCUGCUCCCCCGCCACGUGACCGGGGCAGCCAAUGGGCGCCCGGGCUGCCCUCAACUUAUUACUGACUCUACUUCUCCGCCAGCACCAAGUUGUUACGUGAAACCCGCAGCCCCGAACCGCGGCGGGUCCGCCGCCCGCGCCCGCCAUGUCGGCUCCCGGGACCCUCAGCAAUUACUACGUGGACUCCUUCCUGGUGCCGGAGGGGGACGAGCUGGCUGCGCCCCGCUACGCCCCCGCCCCGCUGGGGCCGCCGCCACCGAGGCCGGCGGCGCUGGCCGAGCACCCCGAGCUGGCCCCCUGCAGCUUCCAGCCCAAGGCGCCCGUCUUCGGCCCCCCCUGGAGCCCCGCGCACCCCGCCGGCGCCAGCGGCGUCCCCGCCGUCUACCACCCCUACGCGCACCACCAGGCGCCCGUGGCACCGCCCGACGGCAGGUACAUGCGUUCGUGGCUUGAGCCUGUGCCGGGCUCCUUGUCUUUCCCCGGGUUACCUACCAGCAGGCAUUACGGCAUUAAACCUGAACCGCUGGCGGCCAGGAGGGCUGACUGUACCACGUUUGACACUCACACUUUGUCUCUCUCUGAUUAUGCUUGUGGUUCUCCUCCAGUUGAUAGGGAUAAGCAAAGCCACGAAGGUGCAUUCUCUGAAAGCAAUGGAGAAAGUGAGGCAAACGGAGAGAAACCGCAGAUCGAUCCAAAUAAUCCAGCUGCAAACUGGCUCCACGCAAGGUCUACCAGGAAAAAGCGAUGCCCUUACACCAAGCAUCAGACCCUUGAACUGGAGAAGGAGUUUCUUUUCAAUAUGUAUCUUACUAGGGACCGCAGAUACGAGGUGGCCAGACUUCUCAAUUUAACUGAGAGACAAGUGAAAAUCUGGUUUCAGAACAGGAGGAUGAAAAUGAAGAAAAUCAACAAAGAUCGAGCGAAAGAUGAAUGAUGGCGACACGUGGGUUAAAUUGCAAAUGCUUAAAGUGAAAAAAAAAAAAAAAAGGAAAAAAAGAGAAAAAGUUAAAAACAAAACAAAAAAAAUCCUCCCCUUGAGCCCUGCCAUGCAAUGCGUCUGGGUCCAGGCCUCACUUUUCUCCCCAUGGCAAAUUCUGAUUAUGAUUGUACUUUGAUUGCCACAGAGGCCAGUUUGCCAGGAGAGGUACAAGUAAGACUUUCAAUUUUCUAAUAGGAAAGAAAAAGGGGGCAUUAGCACGAAAAGGCUAUUUAGCUGGCUUGUAUAAAUCUACCUGUUUCUUCACUUAUGGAAAGAAAAUAAAAAAAAAAAAAAGAAAAUUUAAAAAACUACCUUUUCAUAAUGCACAACUAUUUACGGACUGUAUAGUUUAGCCUACAUAGUUAAUUUUAUUUGCUCUUUGCGCAGCAGAGAGAUCUCUGCUUUAAUACUUGAACACUGUGUUUUAUUGUGGUAAUUAUGUUUGUGACUCAAUUUAUGUGCUUGGGUGCUGUACCGGAUGUAAUGGUGUAAGCUAGAAUUCAAUUUGAACUCAGGUUGUUUAUUAUAAAAAUUGCAUAGAGUAUAGCUCUGUAGUGUAUUAAGUCUUUUCUGUAUAAUUAGACAGUUAACCUCUGAUUGUAAAAUAUAUAUUAUAUAUAUCCCAAGGCAAAAAAAAAAAAAAAAAAAAAAAAAGGAGGAAAAAAAAGGAGGAAAAAAGCGUUUGUCCGGGAUGUCUGGGAAUCACGGUUCUCAAAAUAUUGAAGCAAGUCAUUUUAGUAUGCACAGUUGAUAUAUAUAUAGUACUGUCUUUGUCGGUUGUAUAUAUAAUCUAUAUAUUAAAAAAGUAAAUAAACAGACUAGCUUAAAUAUUGUUUUUGCACCAGUGAGCAGGUAUCAGAUUUUGGAGCUAUACGUAUAUGUGAAAAGGGUAACUACCUAUGGUUUACGUUUUAAUUUUAAUCGAAUGAUUUGAUGCUUAUUGUAAUGAAGGUUAAUUUUAUUGAUAAUAAAUUAUACACUAUGAAAACCUGCAUUUGGUUAUUGUAAAUUUGUAGCAAUUUAAAAUAAAUAAAUCUGGGAAGUUAUGUUGAUGCAGAACGUACACUGUCUAUUUUGAAAUAGUUACCUCAUGGCCUACUGACCAAAUCGUUGUGUUUAAAUGAUAUUUAACUUUUUGCCAAAUAAAAUAUAUUGAUUCUUUUCUAUUU